UCAAAAGCAAACCAGAUUCCCAACGCCAUGGCUUGCUGUGCUUCCCGCUGCUGCAGCGUCCCCACUGGCCCUGCCACCACCAUCUGCUCUUCUGACAAAUGUUGCCCAUGUGGAGUCUGCCUGCCCAGCACCUGCCCGCACACAGUCUGGUUACUGGAGCCAACGUGCUGUGACAACUCCCCCCCACCCUGCCACGUCCCUCAGCCCUGCGUGCCCACCUGCUUCCUGCUCAACUCCAGCCUGCCAACCCCCGGCCUGGAGAACCUCAACCUCACCACCUUCACUCAGCCCUGCUAUGAGCCCUGCCUCCCAAGAAACAUCAGCUAA